AUGAGCAAGCUCAACACCGAUACCCUCAAGGAAGGCGUGAGCUUCAUCUUGGAGAAGUCCAAGGAGAAGCCGCGCAAGUUCGUCGAGACGGUUGAACUCCAAAUCGGCUUGAAGAACUAUGAUCCGCAAAAGGAUAAGCGUUUCAACGGCACGGUUAACCUGCCGGUGAUCCCGCGCCCGAAGCUUAAGAUGUGCAUGCUUGGCGACGCCAAGCACUGUGAAGAAGCGGCGGGUAACGGCAUCGACUCCAUGGACGUCGAGGCGCUCAAGAAGCUCAACAAGAACAAGAAGCUCAUCAAGAAGCUCGCGAAGAAGUACCAACACUUCCUCGCGUCCGAGUCUGUUAUUAAGCAAAUUCCGCGUCUCUUGGGUCCGGGUUUGAACAAGGCCGGUAAGUUCCCGACGCUCGCCACGCACAACGAGUCCCUCGAGAGCAAGAUCAACGACGUCAAGUCCCAGAUCAAGUUCCAGCUCAAGAAGGUUCUCUGCUUGGCCGUUGCUGUUGGCCACAUUGAGAUGACGGAGAAGGAGUUGUUCAUCAACAUCCAAAUGUCUGUCAACUUCUUGGUUUCUCUUUUGAAGAAGAACUGGCAAAACGUCAAGUCUUUGUACAUCAAGACGACGAUGGGCCCGCCGUUCCGCAUCUUCUAA